CAAGAAUAUUCUGAUUCUGGGUCUUUUGCAUAAGUAGUUGAGGAUUUUGUGUAAAGCCAUGUCCAGGGGAAUCCAGAGACAUUGAAAAAUGCUGACCACGUUUGUGGACGUGAAAAUUUAGGAAGAGGUAUUUGAUAAAGCUUUAAAAAAUUAUUUUGUACACAGGAGUAUGGAAAUGUCGAGGUAUCUUGGAGCAGCCCGGGCUGGGGCCUCGACCGGCCUGGUUUGCGCUGUGGAGCUGCAAGUUGCUAUUUCUGAACCACGAGCUGCUGCUGGUUGUGUAAUGAUGACCUGCUCGCAGUUCAAACCCACUCAGUGGUGCAGGGAUGGGCUUGUUCUGAGAGCGUGAACAGUUACUGUUGCGGUCUGUUUCCAUUGGCUCUAACCAGAAGAGCUUGCUUUUUUUUUUUUUUUUUUUCCCCCCUUUUCUUUCUCUUUGCCAGCUCUGGAGCUCCUCAGGACGCAGCUCGAAGGGAGAGGAGAGGAGGGGGAUCGCUGGUGCUCAGGAACCUUGGUUUGCUUUCCUCUGGAGCCCAAGUUCUGUGUUACAGGCGUUGGAAGGGGUCCAUCACUACCUUAGAGAAAGGCCAGACAUGGUGACCCCACUUAAAAUGAUUGCUUAGGGAUCCUGGCCCAGAUAAUCUCUACUGUCUUUUCGGAUGUGCGUAUAUUUCUUCUAAGUUGAUUAAAGUUGUUUUAGAACCAUCAGUUGCCUCAAAGAUCUGGCUGACAGUACUGCACAAGCCUGCCUACCAUGGGCUGUCGGGAUGUCCAUGCAGCCACAGUCCUCUCCUUCCUGUGUGGAAUUGCCUCGGUAGCAGGCCUCUUUGCAGGGACUCUGCUUCCCAACUGGAGAAAAUUACGACUGAUCACGUUCAACAGAAACGAGAAGAACCUGACAGUUUACACAGGCCUGUGGGUGAAAUGUGCCCGGUAUGAUGGGAGCAGUGACUGCCUGAUGUACGAUGCUACUUGGUACUCAUCAGUUGACCAGCUGGACCUGCGAGUCCUCCAGUUUGCCCUGCCCCUCAGCAUUCUGAUUGCGAUGGGUGCCCUGUUGCUCUGCCUGAUUGGAAUGUGUAACACGGCCUUCAGGUCCUCAGUGCCCAACAUCAAACUGGCCAAGUGUCUGGUCAAUAGUGCAGGCUGCCAUCUGGUGGCCGGACUGCUGUUUUUCCUGGCUGGUACUGUGAGCCUCUCCCCAUCCAUCUGGGUCAUCUUCUAUAACAUCCAUCUGAACAAGAAGUUUGAGCCAGUCUUUACAUUUGACUAUGCAGUUUAUGUCACUAUUGCUAGUGCUGGGGGCCUUUUUAUGACUUCCCUUUUGCUGUUUAUUUGGUAUUGUGCAUGCAAGUCUUUGCCUUCUCCUUUCUGGCAACCGCUGUACUCCCAUCCUCCCAGUAUGCAUACUUACUCACAGCCCUAUUCAGCACGCUCCCGCCUUUCUGCCAUUGAAAUUGACAUUCCAGUAGUUUCACAUACCACCUGAUGGGGAAAUAGUUGUUAAAGAAAACUUGUAUCCUCAUUUUUCCCUUGUGCAAGGAACUGUUUUGGACCUAUAAUAUGUUUUGCUUUGUUUCUGACCAGUCAAUGAAGCCAAGUUUGUAUGUCCUGGUAGAAUGCAGUGCUGCUAGUUUUUAUGAAAAGUAAACUAUUUUAAAUGUGAAUCAUUCCUUUUAUCUUGCUUCUUAUGCUAGAAGGAUUUUUAACCUCCAUAUUGAUAUCUCAUCAGUUCUUCAAGUGCGAAGGACCUUUGUCUCAAUUGAGGUGAUUUCGGGCAACAUGGUAAAGUAAAAAAUGAUGGCUAAGAGAAGCUGUUAUAUACGAUCUUUAUGAAUAUUUUAGAACUUGUCCUUUUUCCGUAAUACCUUAAACUGGGCAAAAAAAUAGCAAUUUCAAAUAUAAGAAAUUUCCUGCAGGUAAGGGUAAUAUUUUAACAGUAGUCAGUCUACCAGCUUAAGGCUGUAACUUUUCCUACUUCUGUCUCGGGGCUGAUUGUAUUGAAUAGAGUUUGGUAUUUUGAAGAUUACUUUCUUUUGUGAGUUCCUUGUCUUCUACCUCAUGCCAGUGUUUAAAAAUAAAAUGCAUUUUAAAUGAUACCAGAAAGAAUAUGCCUAACAUUUUAAAUGUCUAUUAGUAUGAAUAACAUUUAACAUAAUUUUAAAAGUUCAUGAUUCUAUAAAUGUAUUAUUGGAGUUAAAAAUGUGCCAUGUGAUGGAUUGGUGCUUCCUCUGAGGCAGAAAACCUUUAUUCCAGGUGUCAUCCACCAAGUGGUACUCAUGCCCAUGUAUAAUCUCUUAGUAACUAAGAGAAAGAAAUAAGGAGGCCCAAGUGGUUUGUUUUCCUUUAGACAGUGGUAGGGAACAAACAUCUCUUCUUCAGUGACAACAUCAGAAAUUCACUCUGAUGACUGCCUUUUGAGUGAUGGGUGAAGUAAGGUAUGGCUUCCCCAUGACCAUAUUUCACACUUAAUUCAGUUCCCACCCCCAUCACUGAUUCUAUCUUUGCCCAACAUUUUAGUAGGUGCUAUAGAAGAUACAUGAAAAGUAUGAGAUCUGGUCCCAUCCACUAAGAAAUUUUAAUUUAAUAGAGAAGAUCAAACUGUUAUCUGACAAUUAAGGAACAGUCUGACUUCGUUGGCAGCUAGUCUUAACUUCUCAAUCAUUGAUCCAGGAGUUUAUUUCAGCCAGAGAUGUGGCUUUGUGGCAGACAGGCUUAUUGUAUAAUACCAGCAAUAUUCUGGAACCUAGAAAUUCAAUUCAUUCGAUCCUUUAGAGCACCUACCUUAGUUUAGACACUGUAAUAACACUGUCAGAUUCAUGACAGUGGGUGAAAGUGGUAGAGAGACUUAAUUGUUCCCUUUUCACCUCUGAAGGUGUGUGUUGAAGAGGGAGGGGUAUUUAAAAUCUCUCUUCUAACAGGCUAACGUUUAGAUGAAACCAUGUUAACACUGAGAUGAAUGUUUAGAAAUUCAGGGAUAAUGAGUCUUCACCCUUAUGAAUUUGAGCUGCUUACUUACUUAUUAUAAUUUGCUACACAUUACUACUCUGUUCAUAAGGAUUUUGUUUUAUUAACCAUUAUAAAUUUCACAGCUGGUUGCAUGAUAAACAGAUUAUUAUUCCUCUUUGCAAAUCUGAGUAUGAUUCUGAUACUUCUGUGGAUGUGAGUGAUGCUUUUUUUCUAAUUCCAACACUAGUUUAUGUAUAUAGCAAAUAAAUCCAGUUAUGUAAUUUUUAAAUGCCAUCAGUAGAAAGCAUGCAAGACUAUGGUUUUUUAGUUAUAGCUUCCAGUUCCCUUCAGUUCCAUUCUUUUUAACUCUUCUUGGAUGUAGCUGAAUCCUGAUCAUUCCAAAACAAUGGCAGGUAGAAUUUUGAGAUUAAUAUUAAUUUCCCCCUUUGCUAAUGAAUUUCAGUUCCCUCUCUCACUAAAUUUGUCCAGAAGUGUCAAGAAUUCCACCGUCCACCUGUUCUUUACCUAAACAAUGUUAAAGAAAAGUAGACUCAGCCAUUAAUAUUGCUAGACAGUUCUUAGUCCAUGGGAUCAUAAAUAUAAAUGUUAAGUUUUUCCUACCAGAAUCUUUUGGAUUCUUUUCAUAAUUUUUGGCCUCAAAUUAGUAUUUAUUAUGGAUUCAGUAGACAAAAGAAACAGCUGUUUCCCUUGUUGUCUUUAAUAUUUCAGAUUUUCUAUCAGUAGCUAUUCUUCAAAGCCAUCAAAGGAAAGCAAGUAUUUACAUUUCUUUUUAGUAACUUUUGAGCACUCAUCAGGCUCAUUGUGAUGGGGGACAUCUUUUUUUGUUGUUACGAACUGUUAAUGUUAAGGGCGUUUUAUAGAAGCCAGCUUGGAAAACAACCUUAAAUGUCGUAUGAUGCACCAGAUAUGGUUUAUCCAGCCGUGGGAGAAAAAAACCAUGAGUUUACUUUACUUGUAAAUAUACACUAUAAUAGAUAAUAUGUUUGCUGUAAACUGCAUUGUAAAACCUCGAUAAAAGUGCACUGUAUUUCUUGAUGUUUAUUAAAAGAUGUAUUUUUACAA